UUAUCUAGGACUAUAUGUUUGCUAAAUGAAAAAAAAACAUUGUCAAGGAUUGGUUCCACUGUAUGUUUUGUAAACACGUACGAAUAUUUGUUUGCACUUGGCUAACAGGUGGAGGGUGGUUUUUACAGAUUGUUUGAAUACAUUUAAUUGGGAGUCAAUUACGAAAGUGGAAUUGCAAAACGUGAUUGAAAGCAGCGGGUCCACAAAGUAGUUAGCUAGCUUGCUGUCGUAUUUGCUUUCCUAUAUAGCUAGCGUAGUCAAAUAACAAGCACUAAUUGGUUUGUGGAAAACCCAAACAGUAGGAUGGAUGGGUGAGUGUCUGGUAUUUCCAUUUUUGUAAGUGUAUUAAGGUUCUCGAGAUUAGAAUUUGAUUCUUGGCCAAUUGCAUGACACUUCCUAUCCGAGGAUUUUGGACCUCUACAGUUGCAUUGUAUCAAAGACUCGAUUUUCGUUACAUUAAUCUUCCUUAGAUUUCUCCGGUGAUAUCUCUGCAUCGGAAACUUCCACAAGACUUGCUACUUUUACCUUCCAGCAUGUCUCACAGCAGCUACCCCUACAGAAGACCUGUCAAAGAUGCCAGGUCCGACUCUUACCAGGCUUCAGAUCAGCUACGCACAUCUGAUGACGGCAACCUUUACAGGAGAACGCAGGAGCCAUCUCAUUCCACUAUGUCAUCCUCUUCCUACUCAUCCAGACAUUCCACGAUGGAGACGCAUCAGUCCCAAAAGCCCCCAGAAAAAGCCCUGAGUCUCUUGUCUAGCUGUGGGCUGAAGCCGGAAGACCUGGCUCUGCUGGCGGAGCUGCCAGAGCACCUCAUAACCGUGGAGUCUCUUCCUGGUCUGCUUAUGGAGAUCAAAAACAAGAGGAGAAAACAGUCUUCCUCAUCCACCUCCCAUUCGACCACAUUUCACCCCCCACCUGCAAAUCUCAGCUCCAAGCCCAAACUCACCUCCACUGAAUGGGAGCAAAUUCGCUCCCAGCCAGUUCAGUAUCCACUGGAACAGACCUACAGAGAUCCCCAGCCUCAACCCCUUCCACCGGAGAAGGUUGCCAGCUGGCAAGACCGUUGGGGCAACCCUCGGCAGACUGGCUCUAUCACCCUUAAGCCCAGCUCAUCGUUUACAUCGGACGAGUCUAGCUAUGUGGUGGACUACAACUUCGGUAAGAAAGCUAAUGCCUUUCCCAGCUAUGAGAGGCCCUCUUACAGCACCGCACCUGGGAGAAGAUGCAGCAGCAGCAGCAGCGCUCCAAUUGCCUCCAGUGUAGACCUUGAUUACAGGUAUGCAACAGCAACAUCAGCAGACUACAACCAGGAAGAUUUUCCCAAAAGCAGGGUGAAGGUGGCCAAGAUGCCCUCCAGGAAGGCAGCUCUCGAUUUCCACGGAGAAACCCCCGAGACAUACCCUUGCGCAUGCUCUUUGUGCGAUAUAACUGUGCUCUCUGAGAAGUCCUGGGUAGCACACAUUAAUGGGCCCCAACAUGCAGACGGACAGCUUCUCCUCCUCCAAUUGUUCCCUGAUUGGGACUGUAGGAUGGAAAGUAUCAGCAGGAGUGAUGACCAACCAGCGAAGUCGAAGGCUGGAGAAGGGAAGGUCUCAUCUGCCCAGAGACCCAAUCAAAGCUCUGGUGGAAGACUGGAAAACAGGCCAAGAAACAAAAAAAAAAAGUCCCAGAGCAGUAGCAAAGUGGUGUGUGCCAAAUUUGAAGCCCAGACUUACGAGGAACAUUCUUUGAGGAGACUUGCUGAACAAUUUGGAAAAGUUGUCAAAAUGAUCAUGUUCCCUUCAUUGGCAUUUGUGGAAAUGGGCUCAAAUGGCCAGGCAAUGGAUAUAGUAAAAUACUAUACUGCAAAUCCUAUAGAGACAGAAGGAAAGAGAAUAACCUUUUACGUGUCGCAAACAUUCAACUUCCUCCAGAGUUCUAAGGUGUUGAGCUUCACACCUUCACCUGUGGGCAAGGAGGGCUACCUGGAUCUGAUGGCCAUAGCUAAAAGAUUUGGCACUGUACUCUACUCACUAUUCCUACCUUCAGUGGCUUUUGUGGAAAUGAGCAAUGCCAUUGAUGCUCAGAAGCUGGUUGAUUACUACUCAUCCACUUCACUCAAGAUAGAUGGCGUGUCACUCCAAGUGGCAUUUUCUUCUGAGUACAGCACACUGAGGAAUGUUCCCUCAACCAGGAAAUAUGAAGAGAGUUCUAAGAGACAAAGGUCCCCGAGUCCCAAAAACAGUGCCCACAGUCCAGGGAAAGACCCUUCACACAAGAGGGAGAGGAGAAGCAGGAGCAAAGAGAAGGAAGACAACGUUCAUAGCAGCAGAGAAGGAGAGCGGAGGAGGAGGACGAGGAAGAGGAGUGAAGAGGGGAACACGCGGUCCUCCAGCAAACACAGCUCUCCAGGUUCCUCCAGGAGUUCUCACACCAGAGACAGCGAAAAGGUCCCUGGGCCUGACAAAACAGUUAUCAAAAAAACAACCUCAAAACCUGAUGAGGCAGCUUCUCCUGGUUCCUCACAACCUCAGACUGAGAAGAAGACUACCAAGGAACAAGGGCUGACCAAGACUCAAGCCCCCACGGUAGAACCAGCUAGCACCCAUCCGACAGCCCAUCCAUGCAGCACUAAGGACAAGGCCCAAUUAGCCACCACGGAUCAGGUGGCCCAAUCAGAUGCAGAGAAACCCAAACCAGACGGUGUUUAUCAGAGUGCUGAGUGCAUCAAACAGGAAGAAGCCAGUGGGAGCUGUGACAUGACUGGGACUGUGGACAGUGACAUGGACAGUGACAUAGAAGGGAUGGAGGUGAUUGGGGAGGAUGGUGUACACAUGGAUGACUCCAUGGAGGAGGCUGUGUGCCUUGAGGAUAUGGAGCAGCAGGAGAGGUUAGAAGAUGAAACCAAGUCUUGUACUUCCGAGACGGACACAGCUGUAGCCCCAGAGGAGGAGCGGAGACAGGCCAAGGCAGAGGAAGUGAAAGGGGUAAAGGAGGAGGUGAUGGAACAGGCUGAGAUGGAGACAGCUCCGUCAGUAGAACUUUCAACUGCUGCUCCGUCAGGACAAGAACCAGAGCCAAAGAAAGAUGGAGAUGAUCUGAUAGCAUCCUCUACAAAGGAGGAAGAGGAGGAGGAUCCUGACUUUCCAGAGAGUCUUGAGAACUGUAUUACCUUAGAUGAGUUGGAAGAGGAGCAUUCUGAGGAUGAAGAUAAGAACAAAAGACACAGGUCUAGGUGUCACUACAGCAGAGUGAUCUACAUCAAUAAUCUUCCUUUUAGCCAUUACACAGACGUUCAGUUUGUGAAGAUUGUUAAGGGCUUGGGAAAAGUAGUGCGCUAUUUUCUCAUCCGAAAUCGUCGAGAGGGAUUUCUUGAGAUGUCGAGUUCUGAAGAAGCUACAAGAACUGCUAGUGAGCUGAACAUGAAGCCUAUUGAAUUCAAUGGUUCGCGCUUGGGCAUUCACAUAUCUCGGAAAUAUCACAGGCUUACUGCAGGGUGGAGGGUUGAGUCAGACUCUGAAUUGGACAGUGAAAGGAGAGGACACAGGACAAGGAGCACCUAUAGAAGCAAACAGACCAGAAACCGUUCCCAUUCUAAGCCUAAGACAUCAGAGAGAAAUGACUCUGCUAAAAAGACACCAGAGAAGGAAGAACCAACUGCCAAGGAGGACUCUUCUAUAAAAACUGAAGAAAACGACCCAUCAAAAAAGGCUGGAGAAUGCGAGGAGUCGGUUGCGGAAAAGGAGGACUUGACAGCAAAGGCUACAUCCAAGAACGUCAAAGAAAGGUCUGUGGUAUCAGAGGAACAAGCAGUAGGUUCCACCACACAGGACUCUGAUGAAAAUGGAGGCAAGGCUGACAAACUAAACACCCCAUAUUCUCAGGCAUCAGAUGAAAAGCAGGACCGUGAGGGGCCCCAGAAAAGGCCUGCUGAGAAGACUGAAUCCAGAGAAGAGGAGGUUCAAACGCAAUCAGACCCCAUAAAGACCUGGAUGGAUUCAUUCAAACCCAACAACCCUGUUGGAAUGGAAUUUGUUCGUCCUGUGGUGGGAUAUUUUUGCAACCUGUGUCAGGUCAUCUAUGCAGAUGAGGAUGAAGCCAAAAAGGAACACUGCAGCAGCCUGUCACACUACCAGAAGUUCAUGGAACAUGGAGAUAAAGACUGUACCAGCUGAAUCUAACCUCUAAAAGAAGUCACGAGAGAGAAGUUACUUGUUGAUCUAUGAAUAUUAUUUUUAAUUUCUUUUAAUUUAUUUGGUUGAUAUAAUCUCAAAAUGAGAACAUUUAUCAACCAAGUAAGAACUAGUUCUAUGCUCAAAAGUAUUAAACACUCAAAAGGUGAGUCAUUAAGAUGUUUAAUUUUGUUCCAAGAGAGACAUUAGGUGUUGGUCAAUCUUGGGUUGAAGAAGAUCUUUCCUUUCGUAUUUGAGACUGAAAGAUCAAAACUAUAUACACAAUUUGUAUGUUGCUAAAUUAAUAAAAUGUCAAACAAAUUAAGUCACAUCUAUAAAACGAUGUCCUGAAUACAAGUUCAAUUCUCUUUAAUAAAAAAAAUGCUACUUUU